GGUGUCGCGGUGACGCCACCGUCCCGCUCCGCCGCAGCCCAGCGCAGGCCGCCGCAGCCCUCUGCCGGCACCAGCGCCGCCGCCCGCCAUGCCCUCGGACCGGCCCUUCAAGCAGCGCCGCACCUUCGCGGAUCGUUGUAAAGAAGUGCAGCAGAUCCGAGAGCAGCACCCAAACAAGAUCCCGGUCAUCAUCGAACGCUAUAAAGGGGAGAAGCAGCUGCCAGUGCUGGACAAGACCAAGUUCCUUGUCCCAGACCAUGUCAACAUGAGUGAACUGGUCAAAAUCAUCCGGCGUCGCUUGCAGCUGAAUCCCACCCAGGCUUUCUUCCUGCUGGUGAACCAGCACAGCAUGGUGAGUGUGUCCACCCCCAUCUCGGAGAUCUACGAGCAGGAGAAGGACGAGGAUGGCUUCCUCUACAUGGUCUACGCUUCCCAGGAGACCUUCGGCUACUGAUGCCAGCCGCAAGGUGGCACCUGGAGACAGACGAACUGUGGCGCACAGGCCCCCAGCCUUGGCAGACAACACAAGCAGGGGCUCACAAGAUGGGGGCUCUCUCCCCCUCCUUCCCUGCCUCCCCUUCCCAUGGCCCUGUCACCAAAGAGGCUGGUGGCAUGCGCUGAGCCCCUGCCCCCACCCCCGUGCCCUUCGCCCUGCUCCAUCCGCGCAUCCCCGCGGACCCCCGCACACGGGGCCUCGGCUCCCAGCCCAUCCCCUCCCUGCCCCAGCUGCCCUCCCUGCCCCAGCUGCCCUCCCUGCCCCCAGCUGCCCUCCCUCGGCCGUGUUCGUGGUUCUGCAGCCUGCUGCCAAAGGCCUGCGGCGAGGAGAGGGCAGGACACUGUCCCCUGCAGCUCCAGCGCGGGCAGAGCUGCCUCUGCUCCCAGCCCUGCUGCAGGGCAGGAGGUCUGCACAGCAGCCAACAGAUGUGACCUUUGCCCCCGAGUUUUAAUUGAUUUUAAUGACACCCAGAUCAGAUUCUUGGUGCUACUGAGUAGAUGUAGGCGUCUCUGCAGGGCUGUGGACAAUGCCUAGCCUCGAGGUUUAUGUUACUGGGUUGGGGUUUUGUUGUUGUUGUUGUUGUUGUUUGGAGGGUUGUUUUUUGGGGUUUUUUUAGGGAUAGGUUGGAAGAGGGAGAGGGGGAGGGGGGGGGGAAUCUUUCCUGUGUUCUGUAGGUAAAUAAAUCAGGCUUCAUUGCACUUUAAAACCCAUGGUAGGUGUCAAGAGUGGAACUGACUUUUAAUUUAUACAGGUUUGCCAUUUCUAGUGCUGCUGUUCUGCUGCCAGUUGUCCCUGGCUGCUCUCCUUCUUCUUCCUUUGCUUCUUCCUUUGUUUUCAAUCGAAUCAAACCAUUUCCCCUCUCUCUGUCUCCCCACUGCAUGCAGCUUUCCAGCCUCAGCGUGGCAGAGCUCACUCAAGGAAGGGAGCCCUUUAUAUCUGCUGUGUUUCCCCUUCUGUUUCUCAUGUGUGACAGCAACACAAAGAUGUGUCUGAUGGAAUCCCACCCAGCCCAACCUCUGCAAGGGUAUAUAAAUAUAUAUAUAUAAUAAACAUCAAUUCAAGUUGUAGCUUGUAGGAA